AUGGCUUAUCUAUUUCCUCCGGGGACGGACCUUUGCCAAAUCCCAACUGCUAUCCCUCCCGACGGCCAAUUGGUCAACUUUACCAAUCCGCCGUCGCUGAGAACCUUGACCAUUGUACUGGGCGUCACCUUGACCACAUGGGCUACUGUAUUCACUCUGGGAAGACUGUAUGCAAACAUCCGAAAGCUGAAUAUCAGCGAUGGCUUCGCUUUGGUGGCUCUCCUUUUCGGCAUCGCUCACGCCGUGGUCAUAAUGAUCCUCUCUCGACAUUUCCGCCACCAGUGGAACGUACCGCUUUGCACGUUUAACGGAGACUUUGCACAUACUUCGUACGUGGCGACAGUCUUGAACGGUCUGGGGUUGUUGUUUGCCAAGACGGCCACAUUGCUGCUCUUCAACCAGCUCUUCACCGUCUCGACUCGAAUGCGACUAGCGAUCCGAAUCGGCCUCGCUGCCAACCUUGUCACCCACAUAGUGUGCAUCGCGCUCAUGAUCCGCUACGCAACGCCACAGAGCGGCCAAAGUUGGGACGACUUGAUGGUCGCGGCCAUCAAGAACCCCAACGUAUUUGCUCUUUACUUGGUCAUAGCCCAGGGGGCAGUGGGUGUGCUGAUGGACAUAUACAUCUUCGUCCUGCCAUUGCCCGUCGUUUUCAGGCUCAAGCUGUCUACGAAAAGACGGAUACAGGUCAUAGCUGUCUUCUUCACGGCCGUUCUGGGAGUAGUCGGCAGCAUCAUGACUCUCGUGUACAGAACCCGAACCCUCCGGGAAGGUGACAAAAUGUGGGAAGCGGGUGCUAUCAUGAACUGCAACCUCGUCGAGAUGAACGUGGCCAUCAUCAUCGCCUCAGCACCAGGCUUCGCCACAUUCAUGCGCCGGCACGUUUUGGAGACGAAGCUGGUCAGGAUGUUGCGCUCGACGCUUGGUGGAAGCGGUGCCGGCAGCUCGAGCGUGUCGAGCUCUGCCGAAAAGCGAGACCCGAACCAGCCGCGAACAGGGCGAGAAGACGGCGCACGAAGGCCUGGCCUGAACGACCGCUACUACAAGCUCAGCGAUACCUGGUUUCUCAAGUCCGGGGCAUCGGUGACCGAGGUCCAGGCAGGCCCGUCGCCGGCGGAGCACGACGCCAACGACAUCAGGGUGACCAGCACGGUAGAUGUCGACAGGCGGUUGAAGGUGGCCCCGAGCCCCGUUUAG